UGUAGCUAUGAAGAAGUAUCUUGCUGCUUUCCUUUUUUGUACUUUUUACUCUGUGUUGGUGGCUCAAGUCUGUUAUAAUGACAGUCCAUGUAUGAAUGGAGGAGAGUGUAUACAGUACUCACCUGCUGAUAAUUAUACUUGUAAUUGUACUGGCACUGGAUAUGAGGGAGUCAACUGUACUGAGCUUAUAGUAACUCCUACUCCUACUUCAGCAUUUUCAGUUAUUUCCACACCUCUUGUAUGCACACCACCUUGUAAUUCUGGUUCUUUGCGUCUUGUAAAUGGGUCAAGGUCCAACGAGGGAAGAGUGGAAGUGUGUCAAAAUGGAACCUGGGGUACAGUCUGUGAUGACUCCUGGGACAACACUGAUGCUGGAGUUGUGUGUAGACAACUUGGCCUAGGAACAAGUGGGACAGCUUAUAUCAGGGCACACUUUGGUGAGGGAAAUGGAUCAAUAGUAUUGGAUGAUGUUGCCUGUGAUGGAACCGAACAAUUUCUUGUAAACUGUAGACACAAUUCAAGUCACAACUGUGGACACUAUGAAGAUGCUGGAGUGACUUGUCCAGCUUGCAUUGAUGGAUCCAUUCGUCUUGCUGGUGGUUUCAACAGCUUAGAGGGACUUGUUGAGAUAUGCAGUGGUGGAGCCUGGGGCACUGUCUGUGAUGAUCGCUGGGAUUCCACUGAUGCUGGUGUGGUGUGUAGACAGCUAGGAUAUGCUUCAGGCACUUCAAUUGGUAGGGCUUAUUUUGGACAAGGAAAUGGAUCAAUUGUGAUGGAUAAUGUCGACUGUACUGGGAGUGAAUCCCACCUUAGCAACUGUACACAUAUCACUGAUCAUAACUGUUGCCAUUCUGAAGAUGCAGGAGUCAGAUGUGCCCGCGCUGUUGCUAAUUGUAGCAUGGAAACUAUAGCUAGUAGUGAUCGUGGUACAUUUGAAUGGCCAGAAACAAUGUCAGACAGAACAGCUAAUAUACCAUGUCCUAAUGGUCCUAGUGGUGCUAUUGCUAAUAGAACAUGUACUAAUAAUGGUACUUGGGAAUCACCUGAUAUAGAGUCGUGUGCAACUACAUCAGUGGCAAAUGGAUUCAGGAAUAUA